AUGGGAAAAUCCGUCCAAUCCAACGUAGAAUGCGCCAAAAUCGUGCUUCAGGUCUCCCAGCAAGGCUUGGCGUCACUACUAGCACCGGACAAUAGAACAUCUUACGAUCGAUUUGACCAGCGAAAUAUGGGUUCAAGAGUUGUUGUGUAA